AUGCUCAACAGCUCGUUCGCGUCGCUCAAGUUCAGUAUCGCCAGUGUCGUGCUCAAGUCCAUAGUGCAAACCAUUACGAAGCACAUCGCGCUGCAGCACGGCGGGACCCACUUGAGGAAGAUCUACGUGCUCACGGCUGUGCCCACCAUGCUGAUCAACACGCAAGUGCGUUUAGUGUUGCUGCAGAACGCCAAGUCCGGGUCGUCUGUCAGGAGCUUCCUGGAGCUGGGCAUGCUGGAGCCGCUGCUGCGGAUGACCAAGGUCUGGCACCUCCGACGCUCGAUGACGCAAAUGACGCAGAGCUCGGUGAGUCGAGUCGGCUCCGUGGCCGCACUUCGCGCGCGCGUGCAUCGCCUCAGCGCUAUCCUGCCAUUGCCGAAGUCUUUAUCUCAUCAGCAGACUCGCGGCUCGAAGCUGGUGCGUCCGGCCACGAUCCUCAAUUCAAGGCAGAGCUUGUUGCACUUUCACGCGGCCGAGAGUCACGCGGACAUGUGCUCCGAGUACAUCGCGAUUAUAUGCUCCACGUCCAUCUUCUUCUUCCUGCAGCACCACCCAAGGUUCGGCUGGCACAAAAUGGGCGAAGACGGCGGCGAGCGUGAGUGGGAGGAGACUCUGCUGGCGGGUUCGUGGCAGGUGGGCAUCGAGAUCGUGGUCGACUUCAUCUGCUGCGCGUUUGAGCUGGCGAACGGCAUCCCGCUGCACGACUCGGAUAGUCUCGGGGCACGUGAUCAAACACGCUCAUCUCAACAGUGA